UAAAUUUACAAAAUUGCAGCCAGGCCCCUCUCCUCCAUUAACGUUCUCUUGUUCACUCACGUUUGCAACGAUCGCAGCCUUUUUCUAAAGACCUCAUCCUUGCCCAGCUGCCCCUUUUAUCUAAUUUUUUAUUUAUUUAAAAAAUUGGUAGAGGCAAAUGGGUCUUUUGGGGUUGAAGAUUUGCACAAUAUUAAAGUAAUUUGUGAAUCACUAUAUCACUGCACUUAUCUUUCUCAGGCGCAUGAUACCAAAGUAAUUGUUCACAGUGACAACUCCUUCAUUCUUUCAAAUGAUAACCAUUUUACGACCAAUCCAUUAGUCACAGACAAAGGGGCUCUAAAAGAAAGGAAACAUAGUUCGACAUCACCCAUGGAGGAAAGCACUAUUUGAAUGUUAAAGAUUCCCUCAACAGAAAUAAGAUGGAUGAUGAAUGUGUGGAAGCUUUUUAUUCUGAUUCUGCUUAUGGACGUGAAACGGACAUAAAAGAAUUUUUCUAUGAUGACAAGAUCGUGACUGAAGUUGAACUCUCAGAGAUGAGAGUUUGUGUCGAAGAUGAUUCCCGUUACAUUGUCAAAGAUAUACCAAUGGACAAAUUGGUACGAUCAUCUGACAAAAUUUUGGUAGUAGAAGUGGGCAACCAAACCCUUGCCAAUGGGCUCAAUGAUUCAAUCAGAAAGAUGGACUUAAAAUACACUGUAUUGGAUAGUACAGAUACUAUUAAUCAGGAUCAAGCAGAUGAAAUUUGUGUUCUUCAUUAUGGUUUUAAUGGAUGCAAACUAGACUUAACUUCCUCAGCUAGGAUCACUGAAGUUCCAGCAGACCAGGCUUCUUUUUUACGUCUUAAUACUUACGAGGACUCUUCAGUGAGUUUCGUCAACAGUGAAGAAGAGCUGGAUACAACUGCACCAGUGGUAAGUAAUAUACCAGCUAAGUGCACUGAAAAUCCAGCAGAUCAAGAUUCGUUCUUUCUCCGUGAUUCUAAUAAGAACGGAUCUUCUGUUAGUUCAAUUGACAAUCAGGAUGAGCCAGAUUCAGUUGAAUCAGUAUUAGACAACAUAACAACCGAGGUAACUGAAAAGUCUGCUAAGACUACUGAAGUCCCAGAAGUUCAGGUUUCUUUUUCUCAUAGGGAUUCUUAUGAGGACUCUUCUGUGAGUUUGACCAACAGUGAAGGCAAGCUAGCUAUAAGUGCAUCAAUAAGACGUAACAAAUCAGCUAGGUUCAUUGAGAUUCCAGCAGAUGAAGAUUCGCUCUUUCUCAAUGAUUUCGGAGGGACAGUCGGUCAAGAUAACCCAGAUUUAACUGAAUCGGUGUUAGAUAAUAUAACAGCUGAGGUGACUGAAAAUUCAGCAGCUCCAGUUUCAUGUGAAAACUCUUCUGCAACUCCUGUCAAUAGUGAAGACAAGCUAGUAUUAACUGCAUCAAUGAUAAGUAAUAUGUCAGCUAAACUCACUGAAAAUCCCGCAGAUCAAGAUUCUUUCUUUUUCAAUAAUUCUGAUGGGAAAAGCUCGAACUCAAUUGACAAACAAGAUGACCCCGAUUUAACUGAAUCAGUUUUAGGUAGUAUAUCAGCUGAGGUAACUAAAAAUUCAGCAGCUCCAGUUUCUCAUGAGGACUCUUCUUUGAGUUCAGUCAACAGUGGAGACAAGCUAAAUAUAACUGCAUCAGUGUUAAGAAGCAAUUCAGCUAACUUCACUGGAAAUCCAGCAGAUCAAGCUUCUCUCUUUCUCGAUGAUUCUGAUGGGAGAGUCUAUUCUGGGAGUUCAAUUGAUAAUCAAGAUAACUCAGAUUCAACUGAAUCGGUGUCUGGUAAUUUAUCAGCUGAGGUAACUCAAAGUUCAUUAGCUCCAGUUUCUGAUGCUCAUAAUGAUUGUGAUGAGAAGAGUUCUGUGAGUUUAAGCAACAACAGGGACAAGUUAGAUACAGCUGAACCAGUGUUAGGUAAUAUAUCAGCUGAGGUGACUGAAAGUUCAGUAGCUAGAGUUUCUGAUGUUCACAGUGAUUGUGAGGAGAAGGAUUCUUCUAUGAAUUUAAGCAACUACUGGGACAAGUUUGAUACAGUUGAAUCGGCUGUAAGUGAUACAUCCUUGGAGGUCAUUAAAAACCAGUUGUUUCCUUCAGAAGAAAAAACUACAGAAUCAUCACAAGCGGAUUCAUUGGAUCAGGCUACUAAUGAUGAUCAGAAACAAUCUGCCGAUGGACAAAAGUUUGAGGCUAAAUCAGAAGAUACCAAUGCAGCAUCGACCACCUUGUCAUUUCCCUCUGAAAUCUCUGUUCUAAGCAAUGAGUCCAAGGAAAUUCCUAACUCAAAGGUGCCAAGUGAUGUCAUUACUUUUAAUUUCGACACAGAAUCAGCAUCAACAAGUGGCCGUAAUGAGAAUAAGGAAAGCACAAACUGCCAGAAAACUGAGGUGGUGGCUCGUAAUAGUCCUCAAAUUGAAGAGACAAAGAUUGAAGGUGCAACAACUUCAUUGAGAUAUUCAUUUCUUCAACUUAUGCAAGGAGAAUCAAAUGCAUCUGAACCCUCCAUUCUGUCUGGUUCCUUAGCCAGUUCAGGGCGUAUACCGUAUUCUGGCAGUAUUUCUCUUCGAUCGGAUAGUAGCACCACCAGUGCAAGAUCUUUUGCAUUUCCGAUACUUCAAUCAGAGUGGAAUAGCAGUCCAGUGAAAAUGGCAAAAGCUGAUCGGCGAGGUUUGAAGAAGCACCAAGGUUGGAGGAUGGGGCUUUUGUGCUGUAGAUUCUGAGUAUCUUCUCUCUUUACUUAGUUGGUCUAGCUUAUUCCAUAAUUCACCAUUUAAUUUAUACAUCCAGAUGACAAAUUUGUCAGAAAUGUUUUUCUCCCCUUUGUCUGUCAUAUUUAAUUCAUAGCAGGUUCAAGAGGUUUUUGAACGGUUUUGUAGCAUGUAAGUAGCUGAUUGUGGUGCUCUUCUCGGUUUUACUUUUAUGUUUCUUGAUUUGAGAUAAAAUUAGCAUGCAGUCAGAUGUAAAUGCAGACUCAAUGGUGUAAGAGAGAGUGGAUAUAAUUUUAUUUGAACUUGAGU